CUGACGCCGCGGACCUCCCGCCGGCCACUACGGACCAUGGGCGACAAAGGGACACGAGUGUUCAAGAAGGCGAGCCCAAAUGGAAAGCUCACCGUCUAUCUGGGAAAGCGGGACUUUGUGGACCACAUUGACCUCGUGGACCCCGUGGAUGGUGUGGUCCUGGUGGAUCCUGAGUAUCUCAAGGAAAGAAGAGUCUAUGUGACACUGACCUGCGCCUUCCGCUACGGCCGGGAGGACCUGGAUGUCCUGGGCCUGACCUUUCGCAAGGACCUGUUUGUGGCCAAUGUGCAGUCCUUUCCGCCGGCCCCUGAGGACAAGAAGCCCCUGACGCGGCUGCAGGAGCGCCUCAUCAAGAAGCUGGGCGAGCACGCCUACCCUUUCACCUUUGAGGUCAGGGACUGCCGUCCCCUGGGGCCCCAUUCCAGAAGCGCCACCUCUGGGCGGGUACAUGGGGGCAAGAUCCCUCCGAACCUCCCAUGCUCUGUGACGCUGCAGCCAGGGCCUGAAGACACAGGAAAGGCUUGUGGUGUGGACUAUGAAGUCAAAGCCUUCUGCGCAGAGAACCUAGAGGAGAAGAUCCACAAGCGGAAUUCAGUGCGCCUGGUCAUCCGGAAGGUUCAGUAUGCCCCGGAGAGGCCUGGCCCCCAGCCCACAGCUGAGACCACCAGGCAGUUCCUCAUGUCGGACAAGCCCUUGCACCUAGAGGCCUCCCUGGAUAAGGAGAUCUAUUACCACGGAGAACCCAUCAGCGUCAAUGUUCAUGUCACCAACAACACCAACAAGACAGUGAAGAAGAUCAAGAUAUCAGUGCGCCAGUAUGCAGACAUCUGCCUUUUCAACACAGCCCAGUACAAAUGCCCUGUGGCCAUGGAAGAGGCUGAGCUGAGGGAAGGAGCCAACCGGGAGAUCCUGGGGAUCAUUGUUUCCUACAAAGUGAAAGUGAAGCUGGUGGUGUCGAGGGGAGGCCUGUUGGGAGACCUUGCAUCCAGUGACGUAGCCGUGGAACUACCCUUCACCCUGAUGCACCCCAAGCCCAAAGAGGAACCCCCACAUCGGGAAGUUCCAGAGAACGAGGCGCCAGUAGAUACCAAUCUCAUAGAACUUGACACAAAUGAUGACGACAUUGUAUUUGAGGACUUUGCCCGCCAGAGACUGAAAGGCAUGAAAGACGACAAGGAGGAAGAGGAGGAUGGUACCAGCUCUCCACAGCUCAACAACAGAUAGACAGGGGCCAGGCCCUCCCCCUGGGCAGCUCCAGGUCCACUCUCAUGCACUAGGAUGCUUAUUUGUCUUCUUCCUGUUCUGGUUCCCCUUUCCUCUUUGUUCUUCCAGUUUCUACCAGGGGCCCCAGUGGUCUUCCAGGCCAUGGUGAUGAACCUCUGGCCUCAGGACUGGCCCCACAGCACCAUGCCACCAGGGCCACAGUGCACCCUCUUAAUCCCCUACCUCCUCAAUCACUUCUUCUUUCCCCCUCCUUUUCGUACUCGCCCCCAGAAAGGCCACCACAAGCCCUGGCCUUGGAA